AUGACCGGCUUUUUAGGAUCCAGCACCGGGCUCCUCUUCACCCUAGCGAGCUACCGGACACAGCUCUCCGACUUGGAUAGGUUUGUCCGUGACACACUACGCACCGUGGAAGGUGCCGCAUUCAACUCCCGUGCAAACGAACACGUCGCGACGUGUCUCAGAAACACGCGCCAUGAGCUUCUCGAGACAAUUAACCAAUGGACUGAUGGCCCUAUAGCUCGCGAGCAUAUAUACUGGCUUCAAGGAAAGGCUGGCACCGGCAAGUCAACAAUCGCUCGUACUGUGGCCGGUGACCUUGCCGAGCAAGACCGUCUCGCGGCCAGCUUCUUCUUCAAGAGGAAUGAAUCCGAUCGCGGUAGUGCCGAUUACUUGUUCACCACUAUCGCCGCCCAACUCGUCCAGAGACUACCUAUGAUGGCUGAGCAUAUGCGAAACGCCAUCGAAACUAACCCUGAUAUCGCCACAAUGGCGCUAGGAGAGCAGUUUAGGAAACUUAUCUUGCAGCCAAUGAAGGCUGUCCCGCAUGGUAUUUCUAGGACCAUGACGGUCGUGAUCGAUGCCCUCGAUGAAUGCGAGGGAGACCAGAACACCACGGCGGUUAUCAAGUUACUGCUGCAGAACAGUCUUUCGGCAGUAGUCCCCUUGAAAUUCUUUGUCACCAGCAGGUUUGAACCUCCGAUUCGUCUUGGGUUCCAGGAUGUUGAAGACAAAUUCAUCGAGUUUCCUAUUCACGAGAUCCAACGGCCUAUAAUCGAGCGGGACAUCGCAACCUUUUUGAGGUUCCGAUUGGACGAAAUUCAGCGCAAUUUCCAAAUCAAAUCUAUUUGGCCAAACUUAACCCAGUUCGAAAAUCUCCUAGGGAAAUCAAUUCCGCUGUUCAUCUUCGCGGCCACUGCCUGCCGCUUUAUCGAGGACUAUCGACAAGGCGGCGACGGGCCAGAUGAUCGGCUUCAGCAGAUACUCCAACAGGAGACUCGUGGGCAUCUCGACCAAACAUACCUGCCUACCCUGAACCAGAUGGUUCACGGACUCAUGCCAUCCGCGCGUCGCACUGCAAUAAGCGAUUUCAACCAAAUUGUGGGCUCGAUAGUCACCCUCGCAAAUCCUCUUAGACCUGCGCCACUGGCGAGGCUCCUCGGCAUUUCCACUGAACGCAUCAAAAAUAGAUUGGAGCUGCUUCAUUCCGUACUCGACAUCCCAACCGAUGCUACUAGUCCUGUGAGAAUAUUUCAUGAAUCGUUCCGGGACUUCCUCAUUCGUCCUGACCCGGAAGACGUCCACGAAUUCUUUAUUGAUGAGAAGGUCACUCACAAGAAGCUUGCGGACAGAUGUCUUCAGCUGCUCUCCGAGGAUGACUAUCUAAAAAAAGACAUCUGUGGACUAGGAGCACCAGGGAAAUCUCGUACUACCGUCGACCAGCAAACGAUUGACCGGUGCCUGCCAUCAGAGGCUCAAUAUGCGUGCCUUUACUGGGUGCAUCACUUGAAGAGUAGCAGAGUGAUACUUAAUGAUGAAAGCCAUGCGCUCCAAUUCCUUCGCAGUCACUUCCUCCACUGGCUUGAAGCUUUGAGCCUCAUGGGGAGAAUAUCGGAGAGUAUCAGGCUAAUCGAUGUGUUACAGGGCCUAGUUGGUAGGCGACCAGCGGUGAUAGAUUCCUGGAGCUCAGAUCUACAAACGCUCGAGGGCCAUUCCUAUUCGGUCUGCUCUGUGGCCUUCUCGCCGGACGGCCAAACAGUGGCCUCAGGCUCGGAUGAUAACACGAUCAAGCUCUGGGAUGCUAAGACGGGUAAAGAGCUACAGACGCUCAAGGGCCAUUCCAAUUCGGUCUAUUCUGUGGCCUUCUCCCCGGACAGCCAAACAGUGGCCUCAGGCUCGCUUGGUAACACGAUCAAGCUCUGGGAUGCUAAGACGGGUAAAGAGCUACAGACGCUCAAGGGCCAUUCCGAUUCGGUCUAUUCUGUGGCCUUCUCCCCGGACAGCCAAACAGUGGCCUCAGGCUCGCUUGGUAACACGAUCAAGCUCUGGGAUACUAAAACGGGCAAAGAGCUAUAUGGGCUCGAGGGCUAUUCCAGAUAUCUCCGGUAUAUGGCUUUCUCCCCGGAUAGCCAAACAGUGGCCUCAGGCUCGCUUGAUAAGACGAUCAAGCUCUGGGAUGCUAAGACGGGCAAAGAGCUACAGACGCCCGAGGGCUAUUCCAGAUAUCUCCGGUAUAUGGCUUUCUCCCCGGAUAGCCAAACAGUGGCCUCAGGCUCGGAUGAUAACACGAUCAAGCUCUGGGAUGCUAAGACGGGUAAAGAGCUACAGACGCUCAAGGGCCAUUCCAAUUCGGUCUGUUCUGUGGCCUUCUCCCCGGACAGCCAAACAGUGGCCUCAGGCUCGCUUGAUAAGACGAUCAAGCUCUGGGAUGCUAAGACGGGUAAAGAGCUACGGACGCUCAAGGGCCAUUCCGAUUGGGUCCAGUCUAUAGCCUUCUCCCCGGAUAGCCAAACAGUGGCCUCAGGCUCGGAUGAUAACACGAUCAAGCUCUGGGAUGCUAAGACGGGUAAAGAGCUACAGACGCUCAAGGGCCAUUCCGAUUCGGUCUAUUCUGUGGCCUUCUCCCCGGAUAGCCAAACAGUGGCCUUAGGCUCGGAUAAUAACACGAUCAAGCUCUGGGAUGCUAAGACGGGCAAAGAGCUAUAUACGCUCGAGGGCCAUUCCGAUUCGGUCUGGUCUGUGGCCUUCUCUCCGGACAGCCAAAUAGUAGCCUCAGGCUCGGAUGAUAAGACGAUCAAGCUCUGGGGUGCUAAGACGGGCAAAGAGCUACAGACGCUCGAGGGCCAUUCCGAUUCGGUCUGGUCUGUGGCUUUCUCCCCGGACAGCCAAACAGUGACCUUAGACUCGGAUGAUAGGACGAUCAAGCUCUGGGAUACUAAGACGGGCAAAGAGCUACAGACGCUCGAGGGCCAUUCCGCUUCGGUCCAGUAUAUGGCUUUCUCCCUGGACGGCCAAACAGUGGCCUCAGGCUCGGAUGAUAAGACGAUCAAGCUCUGGGAUACUCAGACGGGCGAAAAGCUACAAACACUCGAGGGCCAUUCCAAUUCAGUCUGGUCUGUGGCUUUCUCUCCGGACGGCCAAACAGUGGCCUCAGGCUCGGAUGAUAACACGAUCAAGCUCUGGGAUGCUAAGACGGGUAAAGAGCUACAGACGCUCAAGGGCCAUUCCAAUUCGGUCUGUUCUGUGGCCUUCUCCCCGGACAGCCAAACAGUGGCCUCAGGCUCGCUUGAUAAGACGAUCAAGCUCUGGGAUGCUAGGACGGGCAAAGAGCUACAGACGCUCGAGGGCCAUUCCGAUUCGAUCGCGUCCGUCGUCGGUCAAAGUUCAUAUAAGACCAUCCCUCAAGUUUCCAUAGCAAAUGACUGGAUCGCCUUUAGAAACCAAAACCUUAUAUGGCUCCCUGUCGAGUAUCGCAAAUUCCAUUGCUCAGCUGUACAGGAUGGCACUAUUGCUCUUGGGUAUACUAAUGGGAGGGUUCUCAUUGUUGGUUUCCGCACUGAUUAG